AUGAAAAAUAUAUACACAAGUGUCAAGAUCUCACUGGGUGUGCAGGAGGUGUGGGUGGACGCUGGGACCCAGAUCUUCUUCUCCUAUGCCAUCUGUUUGGGUUGUCUCACUGCUCUGGGGAGCUACAACGCCUACGACAACAACUGCUACAGGGACUGCAUCAUGCUGUGUUGUCUGAACAGUGGGACCAGUUUCAUGGCAGGUUUUGCCAUCUUCUCUGUGCUCGGGUUCAUGGCCUAUGAGCAGAAUGUACCCAUCGAGGCUGUGGCUGAGUCGGGUCCUGGUCUGGCGUUCAUAGCAUACCCCAAAGCUGUGACCAUGAUGCCUCUGGCUCCGCUCUGGGCCUGCCUCUUCUUCAUGAUGCUCAUCUUCCUCGGUCUGGACAGUCAGUUUGUGUGUGUGGAGAGUCUGGUGACUGCGGUGGUGGACAUGUACCCCGACAUGUUCCGGAGAGGGAACCGCAGAGAGGUGCUGAUCCUGGGCAUGUCCAUCGUCUCCUUCCUCAUCGGACUUAUCAUGUGUACAGAAGGAGGGAUGUACGUCUUCCAGCUGUUCGAUGCGUACGCCGCCAGUGGGAUGUGUUUGCUGUUCGUCGCCAUCUUUGAGUCCAUAUGUAUCGGCUGGGUCUACGGCAGUGACAGAUUCUACUUAAACAUCGAGGACAUGAUUGGAUACAAACCAAUCUUCUUCAUUAAGUGGUGCUGGAUGUUCCUGACCCCCGGCAUCUGCGCAGGGAUCUUCCUGUUCUUUCUGAUUAAAUACAAACCUCUGAAGUACAACAACGUGUACACCUAUCCAGACUGGGGCUACGGCAUCGGCUGGUUCAUGGCCAUGUCCUCCAUGGUCUGCAUCCCCAUUGGAAUGGCCUGGAAGAUCUGGAAGACCCCCGGAACUUUCUCUGAGAGGAUAAAGAAGCUGACCACCCCGAGUCCAGACCUGAAGAUGAGAGGGAAACAUGCGGCGCUGAGUCCAUACGCCUCCAACGACGCCAAGGCCAAAGGCGACUGCAAAGUCUCCACCAUCUCAGAGAAGGAGUCGCAUUUCUAA